CCGCUCCCGUCGGGCCCCGCGCGUUCCCGACACCGCCCCGGCGCGCUCCCCGCCCCUCCGGCCCCUCUCCGCCGCCGCCAUCAUGAAGGUCGAGCUGUGCAGCUUCAGCGGGUACAAGAUCUACCCGGGCCACGGCCGGCGCUACGCCCGCACCGACGGCAAGGUUUUUCAGUUCUUGAAUGCAAAAUGUGAGUCUGCAUUCCUUUCCAAGAGAAACCCCCGUCAGAUCAACUGGACUGUUCUGUACAGGCGUAAACACAAGAAGGGACAGUCAGAAGAGAUACAGAAGAAGCGCACUCGCCGCGCUGUCAAGUUCCAGAGAGCCAUCACUGGUGCCUCUCUGGCUGAGAUUAUGGCCAAACGAAACCAGAAGCCCGAAGUACGCAAAGCACAGAGGGAACAAGCUAUUAGGGCUGCAAAGGAAGCCAAGAAGGCUAAGCAGGCAACCAAGAAAACAGCUGUUUCUGCUGCAAAGGCUCCUACAAAGGCAGCACCAAAGCAGAAGAUUGUGAAGCCAGUCAAGGUUUCUGCUCCCCGUGUUGGUGGAAAGCGCUAACUUGCCAAGCUGUUGGUCAUGCUCAAUAAACAUCUGGUUAACUUUCA